AUGCGUUCCUUCCUCAACGGAGACAAUCCAGGUCACGGUAAAAGAGCUUACUAUUUAGUGGCAUCUGGCAGUGUAGCCUGGGAUGACGUCUAUGCCGCGGUUGCCAAGGCCUUGCACGAAGGAAGCAUCAUCAAGAAUGAUAGUGUUGUUCCGGCCGACGAGACGGGACUGAAAACGAUGGCCAAGGGUCUCGGCACCGAUAACUCGCUCAUUACUAUGAGAUUGGUUAGGGAGUGA